UUUCAGUAUCUAAUAGUUGAACGUGAAUUUUUUUGGUUGAAAGCAAAAAUAUAAAAAAAUAACCGAUAAGUUUUGCGUAAACAAGGACACAUCUUAAUGUUAAAUACCAACGCAGCAGCUGAACAAGCUUGUCCACUCUGGUGCAUUGGGUACACUUAAAGUUUGCGCUAAAUCCGUCGUUUCAUCAAAGUUUGUGUGUGUUAAAUUGGCAAUGCUAAUGAAAAAUCUGCCAGCCUACAGACCACAAUGUUGUAUUGCGCCGUUGGCAGUGGCCGCGGAGCACAUGUGCUUCUUUCCUGAACUACGCUCACAGUAUUCCAAGCUACUGGAGCGUUACCAAUGUAUGGUGACCAAAAAUAAACGCAUCUGGGCGCUCGCUGAGCCCAAACGUCAAACGGGCAAAUAUCUGACGCCCUGCUUUUGUCCAGAGAUUGGUAAUCGCAAGGUGGAGAUUGUGCGCGAUGAUCUACCUUCACGUACUCGUACAGAACAGUUAUCUUUUCCAACUGUGAUCCGACUUAUGCAACUAAAAGAACGUGACUCCUUCAAGAGUUUCAGCAAUCAACGUAAAUCUACGGUGAAUCGCAUGUUGCGUAAGAGUAUGUUAUCCUUGUACAGCCGCUUGACGAACAAGCAACCGCCCACUAAAAAAGAAAAGCCACAAAAGCUGUCCGACGCUGAAGAGGCGCUAAGACAAGAACGUUUGAAGAAACUCUCGAAACCACGAGUUGAUAUUAAUAAAUUAGAAGAAGAGAAGCGGCAAAAGGCUGCCAAGCCAGAAAAACCAGCGAAGCAACUAAAGCUACCGAAGGGUUUUGGGUUUAUGCCAAAAACCAAGGCGGGCGGCGGAGCAGCACUAAGACGUUUUAAAAAUUUGUCCAAACCAAAGCAAUAUGAGAGCGAUGAACCCAAGGAAUGGGUGUUGACCAACAAUAUGAAAUAUUACACGCCCUCGGAAAGAAUUUUAAAAAUUUCGCAACCACGUUUUUACGAAGUAUUUGAUCCAGAGGAGGCAUACCGUGUGAAGGAAACAGCGCUCAACUACAAAGCCACUCAACGUAUUAAGGAAUUGGCUUUACCACCUGUUUAUCAACACAAACCGGAAGUGAAAGAAACUCCCUUCAAAACGAGUCCAAAUGCAUUAAAGGCAAAGACAUCGCAAAGGAUAAUGGAGCUGGCCGAACCAAAGGACUACUUUGACAAGCAUACGCGCGCUAAUCCAUAUCAGGUAUCACCAAAUGCGCUGCGUGCCAAAAUCACACCACGUCUGCGGGAAUUGGCCAAGCCGAAGACAUAUGCGCUUUAGGAUUUCAGCUUGUCGGAGUUAUUUGUUUUAAUUGAAAGUGCAAAUUAUGUAUGUGUUAUAUUUAAAUUUUAAGUUUAUGUUUUUAUUAAAUAAAUAUGUAGUUGUAGGUUAAAUGCGAGUUCUCAUUCCAAAAGACCAUGUCUUGGUGGUAGGGUAUUGUAUUUUGCAUCGAUCCUGAUGGAUUCAUGAUUUGAAAUACAGUGUCCAAUUGCCAAAUGUUAUUUUGGAAUUUGAUCUCUGCAUAAGGUAAUCGUUAAUGAAAUAUUUGCAAUUUUCGAUAUUGAGUAUUAAGAA